AUGGCAGGGGAUAUGCUGCCCAACUCCACCGAGCGGGCCAUCACCAUCGCUGGCAUGCCGCAGUCUGUCACCGAGUGUGUCAAGCAGAUCUGCCUGGUCAUGCUGGAGACGCUCUCCCAGUCUCCACAAGGGAGAGUCAUGAUCAUUCCGUACCAGCCCAUGCCAGCCAGCUCCCCAGUCAUCUGCGCGGGCGGCCAAGAUCGGUGCAGCGACGCUGCGGGCUACCCCCAUGCCACCCAUGACCUGGAGGGACCACCUCUACAUGCCUACUCGAUUCAAGGACAACACACCAUUUCUCCGGUCGAUCUGGCCAAGCUGAACCACGUGGCAAGACAACAGUCUCACUCUGCCAUGAUGCACGGCGGGACCGGAUUCACCGGAAUUGACUCCAUCUCUCCAGAGGUGAAAGGCUAUUGGGCAAGUUUGGAUGCAUCUACUCAAACCACCCAUGAACUCACCAUUCCAAAUAACUUAAUUGGCUGCAUAAUAGGGCGCCAAGGCACCAACAUUAAUGAGAUCCGCCAGAUGUCCGGGGCCGAGAUUAAAAUUGCCAACCCAGUGGAAGGCUCCUCUGCUAGGCAGGUUACUAUCACUGGCUCUGCUGCCAGUAUUAGUCUGGCCCAGUAUCUAAUCAAUGCCAGGCUUUCCUCUGAAAAGGGCAUGGGGUGCAGCUAGAACAGUGUAGGUUCCCUCAAUAACCCCUUUCUGCUGUUUUCCCAUGAUCCAACUGUGUAAUUUCUGGUCAGUGACUACAGGUUUUAAAUAAUUUGUAAGUGUUCAGUUUCCACACAACUUUAUCAUCCGCUAAGAGUUUAAAAAUCACAUUCUCUGUUCAGCUGUUAAUGACGGGAUCCAUAUUUAAUUUUAUAAGCUUUUCCCUGUUUUUAGUUUUGUUUUGGGUUUUUUGGCUCAUGAAAUUUAUUUCUCUUUGUCGAUAAGAA